AUGAAAGUAAAUCAAAAUUAAUAAUUGUAAGGUUGGUAUUGUUGGAGUUAGGAUAGUUGUUAAAAGUCAUAUUGUGGAGGAUCAGCUAUUUUUGGUGGUUAUAAUGGAUUUGAUUAUCAUACUUUGAUUUUUCCACAUUAUUAAAUUGAUAUCAGAAUUAAAUUUUGGCGGUUGUGUAAUAUAUUAUCUAUAUAAGAUUGACUAAUGGAAUUUAAAUGAUCAAUUUACCAUAUAUGUUGAUAAUACCCUAGUUCAUAAAUAUGUAUACUCAAGCAUAGAUAGUUCAACAAAUAUUUGUGGAUCUAAUGAUUAUGAUUCAGUGAUUUAAUUUGAUUUAAUAGUGGAUCAUUUUAGUACUUCAUCAAUAAUUUUCGUGACAACUAUAAAUGGCGGAUGGUGGGGUAUUUCUGAGUUUAGACAAUAUGUUCUAAAAUGUCCUUUUGGGUGUGAUUCCUGCAAUUUAUAUUAUUGUUUUAAAUAAGUGUUAUUUUUGGAGCUAUUUAAUAAGAGGUUGUUUAAUAUUCAAAACUGGGAAGGAUGGUAUCAUAAUAAUAAUUAAAUUAUUGAUAUCAAUAGUAAUUGGUGUGGUAUUUAUUAAAAUAAAUGAAUUAAUAGGGUUUGAUAGCCAAUAUUCUCCUGGUGAUUAUCUUACAAAAUCUUUCAUUUUAGGAAAUCAUUUUGCAGUCAGCUUCUAAUUAAAAGUGGCAAUUUAUUUUGCUAUCAAUUCUAAGGUUAAUGUUGAAAUAGAUGGUAAUUUAAUAUCCACUUCUGAAUUGAAUCGCUAAAUACCAACAUACAUAAAUGAUGACUGCGGUAAAAUUUUAAUCUUAGAUCAAAUAAAUAUAUAUUAAUAAGAGCAUACGAAUAAUGUUUUAACAGUUAAAAUUGGAUAGUUUUAUCAAAUUAUUAUGAUAGCAGGGUAAGGUUUGGAAUAAGAGACUUUUAAUUAUUUAUUUAGCAUAAUUUAGAUACUUAUUCAAAUAUUAAUCUAUUUGAUGAAUUUUUUACUUCUCAGUUUAGGUGUAUUUAAGGAUGUAGUAUUUGUAUAAAGGGGAUCUGCUUUUAAUGUUAAGAGGGAUGGGAAUAUAUAAUAUCAAUAAAAAAUUGUGUUCCUAUAUGUGGGGAUUCAAUAAUUCUUUAAUAUGAAGAAUGCGAUGAUGGGAAUUUCAUUCCUUAUGAUGGUUGUCAUCUUUGUAAAUUUUAAUGCUCUUGGGAUUGUUUAAAGUGCUAAUUUGGUUAAUGCUUAGAAUAUUAGCAAUCAAUAAUAUAGAUUAAAAGUGAUUGCGUCUUUGAUCAAAAAAACUUGA